CUUCAUUCAUGUUUUUUGUGACAAAGAAGUAUCUGUUUCAAUCACUCUAUCAGAGAAAAAUCAGAGUUGUAGAAAUAACUGGAAACUCAAGAGAGCCAUGACAUUAUGUUCUUUACAAGUGUAUGUAAACCUCUGACCAAAACUGUACCUCUCUUCUUACCCUGAUGCCCCUAUCACUCUGGAACACAUGACCAACCACAUUUGUUCCUAGAAGAUGAUGGUUCACCACUAUCCUUCAGGUUUUUAUGAUGUCUGGAGACAGUGUCCCUGAGGAAAAGACAGGAGGCAGAGCUGGAGGUAGCAGAACUGAAGAUGCUGAGGUUCUCUUUGGGAGUGACCAGGAUGGAUAGGAUCAGGAAUGAGUACAUCAGAGGGACAGCACAUGUUAGAGGCUUUGGAGAUAAAGUCAGAGAGGCCAGACUGAGAUGGUUCGGACAUGUCCAGAGGAGAGAGAAUGAAUAUAUUGGUAGAAGGAUGCUGAGUUUCCCACUGCCAGGCAGGAGGCCUAGAGGAAGACCAAAGAGGAGGUUUAUGGAUGUGGUUAAAGAGGACAUGAAGGUAGUUGGUGUGAGAGAAGAAGAUGCAGAAGACAGGGUUAGAUGGAGGCAACUGAUUCGUUCUGGCGACCCCUGAAGGGAAAAGCCGAAAGGAAAAGAAGAAGAAGAAGUUUGAUUUUGAGGAAAUGGUUUCAAUACAUUUUAUAAAAUAAUUCAAGGGACAUAUUCUACCAUGUAAUUAAAUAAAGAGUGGCAAGAUUUAAUUAAAAAACAAAUUUACUUUUUGAGAUGAACCUUUUAAGAUGCAAACAUUUUGGUUGGUUGAGCUCGCAUGAUGAUGUUGGUAACUGCAUUAACUUAUUAUUGAAUGUAACUUAAACUUAAAUUUCUGUGUUAGUUGACUUAAAACUAAAUUCAAAUUGAGCUAACUUAACGAAAUUGGCUUAACAACUAAAGAUUUCUUCACCUAUGUUUAGCAUUUGCAGGUCCUCUCCUCUACCUGAACAAACCUGAACAAUUCCUGACAGUUAAGAAUGGUAAAUAAAAUACCUUAGAUAAUCUAAGGUAUUUUAAGUUAGAUUGCAGAAGAAAACCUGCUACUACUCAGUGUAGUCGUGUUGACUGACCAUAAUUACAUUGGAAGUCUUCAAAACUCAAAAAUAAAAUUGACACGUCUUUUGAGAAAAAAGCGAAAAUGAAAGGAUUUGAAAUGUUUCUCUCCUCUUCUCAGGCUGAUCUUUAGGAUUCCACUUAUUCCUGGAAAAUCUGCAUCUAUGGUCAGCAGAGUGAGCAGCCUCUGAACAUUAAAACGGUUUUCCCCUGCGCUUCCAGCAGCCACCUUUGUGUGUGUGCGUAAAGCUGCCAUUUGGGGAUUUACCUUCACAUUCUCUGUAGCACAGACAGACAUUUGUAAUUAGAUAAUAUACUAAAAGUGGGUGGGGGGCCCCUCCUACCACAGUGUGGAGGAGCGAGUCAGCAGCAGAGGCAGAAUCGGAACCGCUGUUUCAGAGAAAGAUUUAAACCGGAGCAGAGAAUCCAGAGAAUCACUGUGGAUCUUGUUGUCGACACAUGUGGGAAGAUGUAGGAGACCGUGGUGACGAGGUGACCGACAGAAUGAACGCAACAGCAGCUCUUGUCCUCCAGGGGCUCUGGGAGUAUGUGAGAGCAGGACAGAGGGACAUAUUGCUCUCUCUUUACCUGCCCGCGUCCUGCGCCUUCCUGACGCACGUCCUCUUUUGCGCACCUUUCCUGGCGCUGGAUGCGCUGGGCAGCGUCUGUCAACGGGUCCGCUCCUGGAGGAUCGCCUCCGGCUCGGGUCCUCCGCCGUCUCUCUGGCAGUGGUUUGACUGUUUUUGGAGGGUUUUGUACAAAUAUGUGACCAUCGUCCUGCCCGCCACUGCGCUGGUCCAGAGCCUGCGGAGCUGCAAGUUCCCAGAGCUGGCUCCGACUUGCUGGCAGCUCUUUGUGGAAAUUGUGGCUUGUUUUCUGCUGUUUGACAUGCUCUACUUCAUGUGGCACUACGCCAUGCACAGGGUUCCCUGGUUGUACCGCAGCAUCCACCAGAUGCACCACCAGCACCGUGUUCCCUUCGCUCUGGCAGCGCAGGACUCUAGUCCGGCUGAGCUGCUGUCGUUGCUACUGCUGGCUCUGAGCACCAUCUGGGUGGUGGGCUGUCACCCCCUCAGUGAAGUCAUCUUCCACCUCCUCAACAGCUGGCUGGCAGUGGAAGACCACUGUGGCUACAACCUGCCCUGGGCUCUGCAUAGACUGCUGCCCUGUCUGGGAGGAGCUCCCUUCCACCAGGCCCACCACAGUCUGCAAAGUGGCAACUAUGCCCCCUACUUCACCCACUGGGACCAGCUCUUUGGCACAUACCGCACACCAGUACCGCAUUAAUGUUCAGAGUGACCAAACUGUUGCACACUGCAAAUUGGAAAUUGCUCAGUUUCCUACAAAACUGUCAAGAUACAAUGAAGGAUAUUUUCUGUAGCGUUUGAUCAUGAGAUCAACUUUUCAUUUCAUGAGACACAAACUCUCUGUUUUGAAGCAAACCAGCAAGGGACAUUUCAUUCACAUAUCUGCCAGUAUGAAGACCGUUUGAAAUUUGUGGCCACAAAAGACUGAAAUCCAAAACUUUCAUAAAGGAGCUACAUGUUUAUUGUUUGUAUGUCUCAAACUGACUAAGAUCUUAGACAGUCUCUUUUUCACAUACAGCAUGUACAGCAUAUUUUCUGUGGUGCUCUAGAGGUGGAAGCUCAGAUCCACAAUUUGUCACACAGCAACUGAAAGCAGCUUGAUGCAAGUCAACAUCAAGACAAUGAACAAAUGCUAAUGUGCAACUGAUGUGUCCUCGUGACAUGGGUGGGGAUAGAUUUAUUUGCUUUCAAGGUGCUUUUGUGGGCGUAAACCAGCUGAUACAUUGUACACUAAAUGGAUUGAUUUUAAACAUAUUUGCAGUUAAAGGAACAGUUUGGCAUUUUGGAAAAAUAUAGUUUCCACAUUCUUGCAGAAAGAAGAUUGACACCAUGGACAUUUAUUAGUAAUAAGUAUGAACUCAGACUCAACUGUAAUCGUCAUUCUAACAAUGUGAUAUGAUAAGAACAAAACAGUUUCACAGGUCUCAGUGUGUGAGAUUAAAAAAACAAACAAAAAAACUGUAUAUAUAUAUAUAUAUAUAUAUAUAUAUAUAUAUGUAAAGAACUAGGACAAAGAAAGUAAGGCUGUAGUAUACACAAAGCUAAGGUAAGCAUGAACCUAAGACAAACAAUAAAUAAAACCAGGGAUAGGACCUCAACGUGCUAAUUUUGAUUAAUUAAUUAUUGAAAAAAUAAUAUGUUAAAAAAAAUAAUGCAUUUAAUCGCAUCUUUCUCAGUUCCCUUUUUUCUGGCACACCAGUAACACUGAUGGAUACUCUAGCCCAGUAGGUGGCGGUAAUGAACCUAAAGUCUCUUUGCCAGCCGUGAAGAACUAGUACAGGGCGCAGUGACAGAUAAAAGUGUGGUGGUGUGCAAAUUGUGCAAUAAUAAGUUUUCUUACCACCGCAGCACUUAAAGCAGAUGGUAUCACCUCAAUGCAAAGCAUGUUGCUGUUAGCGUCAGAGCUAGCAUUAGCUACGACAGUCCUGGUACCAACAAUGUAGCCAGCCUCCAAUAGACCACUUUUCAAGGCAAUGUAAGUGCUUGAGUUUACAAAAAGUCUUAAAAUGUUGAAUAUAAUCGCACUUUGGGUUUUCAGUAAUCUGUGAAUGUAGUCGACAGUUGAAAAAUGCACAGAUACGCUACUGUGCAAAAGUUUGGGAUCACUUAGAAAUGUCCUUAUUUUUGAAAGAAAAGCAGUGUUUUUCAAUGAAGGUAGCAAUAAAUGAAUCACAAAUCCAGGCUAGAUAUCGUUAAUGUGGUAAAUGACUAUUCAAAGCGGUACAGAGAAACAUUUCCAGCAACCAUCACUACUGUGUUCUAAUGCUACUGUGUUAGCUAAUGGUGUUGAAAGGCUAACUGAUGAUUAGAAAACCCUUGUGCAGCUAUGUUAGCACAUGAAUUAAAGUGUGAAUUUUCAUGAAAAACAUGAAAUUGUCUGUGUGACCCCCAGACUUUUGAAUGGUAGUGUAAAUACAAAUGA